AAAAUUAAAAAGCAAAUAAAUCACAUCCAUACGAAUUUUGUACUGCGUUGACAUUUAAUCACAUCAAUACCUUCAGAACAACAACAAUGGAUGAAACAUUGAUCUUACUAUUAAUAUCAAUAAUUUUCAUAGUAUUGAUCUUCAAAUUCAUGGUCCAAAGAAAUACAACAACACAAAACCUUCCUCCAAGUCCACCAAGUCUUCCAUUAAUAGGCCAUUUACACCUUCUAAAAGACCCAGUUCACAGAACCUUGCAGAAAAUCUCACAAACUUAUGGCCCUGUAGUUUCCCUUCGUUUCGGUGUUCGCCUCGUAGUUUUAAUCACAUCCCCAUCUGCUGUAAAAGAAUGUUUUACAAAAAAUGACAUCAUUUUCGCCAACCGUCCUCUUCUACUAAUGGGGAAACACCUGGGUUAUAACUUCAACACCAUGAUCACUGCCCCGUACGGUGAACAUUGGCGUAACCUGAGAAAGAUAAGUUUACUCGAACUGCUUUCGACCACUCGUCUCAAUCUGUCUGUUCGUAUCAGGAGAGAAGAAAUCAAGCAAAUGAUUGGUAGUUUGUAUGGAAGUUUGAGUGUUGGGUAUGCUAAAGUGGAGCUGAGAUCGGUGUUUCGUGUUCUGGUUUUUAAUAUCAUGAUGAGAAUGAUUGCUGGGAAAAGAUACUAUGGUGGUGGAGGAGCGGUGGUGGGUGGUGAAGCAGGGGUGGUGGAUGGUGGAGCAGGGGUGGUGCUGUUUUCUGACGUAAUUAGGGAGGUUCUUGAGCUUGCUGGUGCUUCGAAUGCUGCAGAUUUUCUGCCUGUACUGAGAUGGAUUGAUUAUGGUGGAUAUAUAAAGAAGAUCAAAUUGCUUGCUAAGAAAACGGAUGCUUUCUUACAAGGUCUCAUUGAUGAGUGUAGAACUAGAAAAGGUGUACUAAACAAAGAAGAUGAUGAAGAAGAAGAAGAAGAAACUAUGAUAGACCGUUUGCUUUUGUUACAGGAAUCAGAUCCAGAGUACUACACUGAUGAGACUAUUAAAGGGCUUAUAUUGGUUCUGCUAGUUGCUGGGACAGACACUUCAUCAACAACAAUGGAGUGGGCAAUGUCACUCCUUCUCAACAAUCCCAACAUUUUAAACAAAGUUAAAUCCAAAAUCGACACUCAAAUCGAACAAGAUCAUCUGAUUGAUGAGUUAUUAGACCUUCCUAAACUACCAUAUCUUCAAAACAUCGUCUCAGAAACACUAAGGAUGUUUCCUGCAGUUCCUCUUCUAUUACCACACAUGUCAUCCCAGAAAUGUCAGAUCAAUGGGUUUGAUGUACCAUCUGGAACAAUGUUACUGGUCAAUGCUUGGGCUAUUCAUAGGGACCCAAAUCUGUGGGAUGAACCUACAGAGUUUAAACCAGAACGGUUUCAGACUUCAGAGGUUGAUGAUGAUGAUGAUCAGUAUAAGUUUAUACCUUUUGGUACAGGAAGGAGGGGUUGCCCUGGUUCGAUAUUGGGUAAUAGAAUGGUUGGGUUGGGUUUGGGUUCAUUGAUUCAGUGCUUUGAUUGGAAAAGGGUUAGUGAUGAGGAAGUUGAUAUGAUGGAAGGGCGAGGGCUUAACAUGCCAAAAGCAGAGCCUCUUGAGGCUAUGUGUAAAGCACGGCCAAUCACGGCCCGUUUAACUUCGUCCCAGCCCGGCCCAGCUCUAACCCGACCCAUUGAACAGGUCUAGUCGUACAUACAAACUUAACAAGAGUUUUAGACUUCAGACAGUGUGUCAAGCUAAUUAAAAGUGGUUCAGUUAAGCUGUAAAUUGUUAUUAUUUUCUGACAUAAUUAGCAGUUUCUUGUGGCAACAGAACUUUUGGAUUGUAUGAAUGAAUUCUGUGGUUAACUAUAUACUUAACAUGCUAAAAGCACAGCCAAUCAUGGCCCGUUUAACUUCG